AUGCCUCGUCCUGCUCCCAAGCGAAACAGAUUGACGAAAGGCGCCAAAGUCGCUAAAUCCAACUCCACCGAGGAGCCCGAUCAGACCGAUUCCAAUGCUGCCAAAUCACCACCUGCAGAGAGCGCAGAGAGCGCGCCUGAGGAUCCUCGACGCACCCUCCGAAGCCAAACACCCUUGACCCAGCGAAAUGAUAAUGCGAUCGAGUCCUCACCUACUGGUGAACGGCCAGGUACGGGCAGUCGCCCUGGAACAGCCAGUCGGCCCCCGACACGAUCUCGUGGUUACUCUUCGACACUAUCCUUUGCGGGGCGUAAAGGCGACACCAGCUCGCGCAUUCCUGGUACACCUGGUUUCGAGAGCUCAGUUCUCAGCAACUUUCGGCGACGCCCGCGACAGCAGAGUAUCCUGCAUCAUCUGCAAGCGGAGGAUGAUUCAUUAGAGUUGGACGACGACGAUUUCCUAGGCGGUCUCAGCCCCGAGGAUGAAUCUACACCGUUGCAUCUUUCUCGCGGCAAGUCGCUUUUGAUCCAACAAGAUAAUCAGUCACAAUCGCCGUCAGAAUCUCCACCUUCGUCCGCCGGGUCGCGCAAGCGCAAGCGUGCCGAGGAAAUCCAAGUCCCUCAAUCGCCUUCCGUGGUGAUUACAAACAGAGUCGUCGAUACCAUCGAGGACACCCCCAACCCUACCCCUGCUCUUCGUGAGCAAACUCCCGAUGAGUCCGAUGAAACCCCUCGGCCCUUGCGACUCGCGGAUAUCUUGAGCCAAACGAUGCUUCCCCCUACCAGCAGUCCCAUGAGCUCCAUCGCGACGGGUCCUGGGUCACCCAGCGUCAGUUCGCAGCUGGGUCGGGCAGGCAAAAAGUCCAAAAUCCCAGCACACUUGUCCACUGCCAUAUUGCAAGAAAGACUGCUUCCACGGCGACGACAGCGUCAGCGCAGAGGCCAACCUGCGGGCGAGUUUGAUCUCCCUAGUGAUGAGAGUGACGAUGGCAUGCACGAUGCAGCUUCUGGCGAUGAGGAUGAGCUGGGCUACCUACCAGUACGACGAUCAAGGCGGAGGGGAACUUCGACCAAGCCCAAGCCUCUGGGCAAUGCUCAAGAUAAGUCCAAACUCAACAACCAGACGCGAAGGAUAAGUCGGUCCAAGUCUGCGCCACCUGCGAAACCGGCGGAGGCCUCAAAGCGGACGAGACGGUCGCGAUCGCGCCGAAGUGGAGAUAUCGACAAGGAGAACGAGCAGCACUUGUCAUCACCAUCGUCUUCACCUCUGUCCUCUCCGCCCGAUUCAGAAGCAUCCGAGUCCGAAGCAGAAGUGCAACCACGUCGGUUCAUGAGCGAAGAAUUACGCGCUGCUGCAGCGAAGUUUGCCGAGAUCGAUAAAUGGGAGAUGGAGUUUGAAGAUGUCUCUGCAUCGGAAGUAUAA